AUGAUACUUGUCGUAUAUAAACAUGAUAGAUCGUCAGCCGCCUUAGCAAAACAGCUACGGUUCAACCACAGAGGUUUGACAGUCAGUAGUCAGGAUAGAUCAGCAGUAACAAUGAUGGCGAUUGUAAUAGUCGUGUUUCUCGUCUGCUAUGGAAUAUAUUUGCGCUGCAGUUUAGUAUCACUUCUUUAUUAUCCCCGUUGUAAUGAUAAAGUCUAAAAUACCCGUGCGUGUUAGUCCUGAAUUCUGCCAUCAACCCUUGGGUCUAUGCAUUCUUCAAGAGGGAUAUAAAGAAGGAGAUGAUUAAGAAAUUGAUU